UCAAUAGUCAUUCGUCAUAUUGUGGUCGAUCUAAAGAGGAAUUGUGUUUUGUGUACAUGGCAUAUUUUUAAUUUGAUAAAUUUUAAAGAAAAACAUGAAAUAAUUUGCGUGAAAUUAGUAACAUGGCAUUCGUGAGUGCAGUUACCGGCGAUGACUCCACGAGAAAAUUUAUGGACGUCUUGCAGAAUGAUUUCAAGACACUUAGCUUGGAAACCAAGAAAAAAUAUCCCCAGAUAAGAGAGGCAUGUGAUGAAGCAAUAGAAAAGCUAUCCUUAGCUGCCAAUAAUCCGCAGGCUUCAUUGUAUGGAGUUGUCAAUCAAAUACUAUACCCUCUUGUACAAGGUUGUGAGUCAAAAGAUGUGAAAAUUAUAAAGUUCUGUCUGGGCACUAUUCAACGGCUGAUUGCUCAACAAGGCAUUGAUGCCAAAGGAGCCAGGCAUAUAGUUGACUGUUUGUUCAACUUGGGCCAGGCAAAUACACUUGAGCUAAAGUUAUUACAAACUGCUGCAUUGCUUAUGACUACCUCUGAUCUUGUACAUGGGGAUACUUUAGCUAGGACAAUGGUGCUGUGUAUGAAAAUGGUGGCAGCCUGUGAGGGUCGAGAUGUGAGCACAAGUCAUGCUGCAGCGGCCACUGUGAGGCAACUUGUUGCUUUAGUCUUUGAGAGGGCGCUUGCUGAAGCAGACGGUACACUUAACGUGAAUCCUGCUGAUGUCAGAAUACAAACAAAUCAAAAAGCUCCAAAGGAUCUUAAACCCUGUGCUGUUGAUGCCUAUCUUAUUUUACAGGAUAUAAUACAAUUAAUCAAUGGUGACGCUGCAAACUGGCUUGUCGGAAUAUCUGAUGUUCCAAAGACGUUUGGCUUGGAAUUGCUUGAUACUGUACUUACUGAUUUUUCACCUGUGUUUUUUAAAAUAACAGAAUUUAGAUUUUUACUGAAGGAGCAUGUAUGUGCAUUGAUAAUUAGGCUGUUUUCGCCAAAUGUUAAAUACAGGGCAGCCUUUACGGCCCCUCAUAUACCAGGUGGCGGAGCGGGGGCAACCCCUCCCGCCCCAGAUAGGCCCCAUUUUCCUGUUACUAUGAGAUUGCUUCGCUUGGUUUCUAUUAUACUGCACAAGUAUCACGAUUUAUUGGUGACCGAGUGUGAGAUAUUCUUAUCUCUAACAAUAAAAUUCUUGGAUCCGGACAAACCGUUAUGGCAAAGAGCGCUCGCUUUGGAAGUACUACAUAAAAUGACUAUACAGCCUGAUCUUCUCAAAUCGUUCUGCGAGUGUUACGACAUGCGUCCGCACGCAACGAACAUCUUUCAAGAUAUCGUAAACGCGCUCGGCGCGUACGUUCAAAGUUUGUUCGUCGCUGCCAAUGUUAAUACUCAGCCCGGAUCAACCGGGGUUCCUCAACAAGCUGGUUUCUAUUGGAAGGGUGUCUGGCUACCGCUAUGCGUCAUCUUCGAGCCUGGUACUGCAAAGUCUAUUUACAUAGAAAUGCUCGAUCGAACAGAAGCGCCCACAAUCCAAGAUGGCUACGGAAUAUCAGUUGCUUACGCAUGUCUUAUAGAGAUAAUUCGGUCUAUCGCUAUUAGUGUUGAAGGUGAAGAGUAUUAUAGGUUACAGGAACUGUAUGAUGACAAUCAAAACGACAAUGAUGAGAAGGAAGUCAUCACUAACACCAAAGCUAUCAGUAAUAAAGAUACAGAUGAUACAGAGACCAGAGAUAUAACGAAGAACGGUCAUAGUGAGUCUGAUCAGAACUCCAAUAUAGUGAGGAAGGAUUCUGAAAUGGACGACAAAGAUCGACAGCUUAGCUUACAGCUUAUAAAGUCAUCUUGGUGUGGUUUAGUGUGGGGUUUAUCAGUACUAGCAGAGGCCAGUAUUGGAGAGCUGGAGAAUAUUUUAUGUGCCAUACAGACUCUUGCUAGAGUCAGUGGGAAGGUGGGUGUAACAAACGCUCGCGAUGCGUGUAUAGGCGCGCUAUGUCGUUGCGCUUUACCGGCUCAAUACUGUGUGCCUGUGUUAGGAGCAUUAGCGGCAUUAGCGUGUCCGUGGCCCGCUGCGCGCGCGCAACCCUCUCCGCAGGCUGAUCUGAGACAUCAUGUUGUAUGGGUCGGGACUCCCCUACCCUGUGCGCAGCCACCUGGCCAGCAGCAAUCGUUUGUGAUGGUGACCUCUCGUCACGUGACAGCAAUGCGUGCCUUGCUUCAGGCGGCUCGCCGGGAUGGAGACACUAUGCAACAAGCUUGGCUGCCGGUUCUUACUACGCUACAGCAUCUGGUAUGGAUCCUAGGUCUGAAGCCGUCGACGGGUGGAAGUAUGAAAGCCAGUCGUGCAAGUGCCGACGCCAAUGCUGUCAUGAGCACUUCCGCUGUCAUGGCUGACCUACCUGGUCAGCAAGUUCCCGUGGCGGAAUCUCUGGGAGUAAUGAGCGCUCUAUCAGCAAUGUUAUCGAGAGUGUUCGAGGCGUCAAAGAAUCUAGAUGAUGUAGCUUUGCACCACUUGAUUGAUGCUCUAUGUAAAUUGUCCAAUGAGGCUAUGGAUCUGGCAUAUUCGAAUAGGGAGCCAUCAUUGUUCGCGGUGGCAAAACUUUUGGAGACGGGGCUGGCAAACAUGCAUAGAAUCGAAGUGAUGUGGAGACCUAUUACUAAUCAUUUACUCGAAGUGUGUCAACAUCCACACAUACGCAUGAGGGAAUGGGGAGUAGAAGCCAUCACUUACCUUGUGCAAGCCGCAUUUCAAUAUCAUCACAAUAACCCUGCGUUAGUAACAGAGGCCCGCGAGCGCCUAAUACUUGAACCAUUAGCAGAGUUAUGUAAUGUACGUCAUUGCGACGUACGCGCUCGUCAGUUAGAAUGCGCGGCGAGAUUAUUACACUCACGCGGGGAGCAGCUCGGUGCUGCUUGGCCCUUGAUGAUGGAGAUCAUUUCUGCUAUAUGUGAUCAACACAGCGAACAACUAGUACGGUCAGCAUUCCAAUGUGCGCAACUAGUAGCUGGGGACCUAUUAGGAUGUGCGGGACCCCGGUGUUUACGCCGUGUGCUAGCCGCCGCUGCGGCGUUUGCCAGACAGACCAAGGAGCUUAAUAUUAGUCUUACCGCUGUUGGUCUUAUGUGGAACAUAUCAGACUAUUUAUACCACAAGCGGGAUAAAUUGUCUGUGGCACUCGCGAACGAAGCGGCUGCUUGUCCGGAAUACCCCGAUUUACCACCUCUGGACAGACUUUGGAUGUGCCUUUACGUACGACUUAGUGAGCUGUGUACGGAACCGCGAGCUCCGGUGCGACGUGCAGCCAGUCAGACAUUAUUCAGCUGUAUCGGAGCACACGGGACCCUGCUAAGCAAACCCGCGUGGAGAGCAUUACUAAAUAUACUCUUCCCUAUGUUGCAACAGGUACAAAAACAGUCGAACAUUGCGAGUUCUGAAAAAGUUGAUACAGGAGAACAUAUCUUGAUACAUCACACCAGAAACACAGCGCAGAAGCAAUGGGCCGAAACACAGGUUCUAACCCUAUCGGGGGUGUCUCGUGUCUUCCAUUCGAGGUUCCAGUUAUUGACUUCCGUUGGAGAUUUCCAGAGGUCAUGGACGGCAUUGUUAGAUUUUAUUGUUGAUUUUGCACUAAGGAAGAGUCACGAGGUAUCAGUAGCAGCAUUAAAGUCAUUCCAAGAGGUGGUGACAGCAGCGGGUCGCGUGGAAAGUGAGAGUGCGGCGAGCAACAAACGCAUUUGGGCUGCUGCGUGGGCUGCUUGGACCAGUAUUGCGUCUAACCUGCAUUCCGAUACAGCCACUAGGACAGUCCCAGAGGAUGGUAAACCUGUGGAGUUGUAUUCGCCAUCAUUGAAUUUCCUUACUACCCUUGUGCAGAUCUUCCCUCUCAUCUUCCAACAUAUACGACCAUCUUUUACACCAAAAGACGUAGAACAACUCGGCCAAUGUCUAUGCAAAGUGUGCAGUGUUGAACCGUCCGCAUCCGCACUGGACGGCCUCGGUACGGGCACGCCCGCUAGUAUGCACGCCCUCCAUUGCCUCGACACUGUACAUAAGGAGGCCUUAGUCCGCCAUGAGUUAUUGCCAGCGAUGUUCUCAGCACUAACCUCUCUAGCGGACGUAGUAAGCUCCCAACCGGCAGCAAGUGCCCGUUGUCUCUCCGCUGCCGCAGCGCUGUAUCGAGCUGCGCCUGCGCCGAGUAAACAUAUUUUGCCGCACUUGCUGCAGGCUCUUCACACAGCAGUAAAGAAGUGCAGUCCAGAGAAACGAAGACGGAACAGCGAGAGAGAAAGAGAUCAACCGGACGAGACGGCGCAAAUUGCUACAUUGUUGUUGCAGGUUCUGGCCACUGGGUUACCGUUAGCGAGAGAAAAGCCUGACGAUUACAAAGAGUUCUGGGAAAUAUUGCCGGGCGUGCUUGAAACGUUCAUGUUUGAACCGCCUGUGGGUUGCGGCGGCCAAGCCCGUGAAGUCGUAUGUGUGAUCCGCGAUGAAGUGUUGGGCGGUUCCCCUCGGGCGCCCGCCCAUGCCGCUAGACGCGCCCUGCAUCUCGUCAGAGCGGGAUCCAUGCAUGCCAACCACGCUGCUAAAAACGAGCAAGAACUUCGGGAGCGUGAGGAAUUUGCCCGAGCGUGCUUUGAGACUUUAUUGCAGUUCUCGAUGUUGGAAGAUGUCGAUUCCAUCGCAGCCGGAGAAGAAGACGCAGACCCACUAGCCAUAAUGCCACUUUUAGACCGGUUUCAAGAAGUAAUCUCGAAAUACAGUUCUGAAGACAAUUCAGAACCUUUAACCAGACAUCAGCUGUCUGAGAUAUCGUUUGUCCUAAAAGCGAUAGCGACCCUCACUGAUGCCAUGAAGCGAGCGCCACCCGCUAAAGUUGACGCUACGGCCUGGCAGAAGCUUAUAGGUAUAUACCCGCUGAUAGUGGGUUUGGCAGCGGGGGGACGUGCCUCGGGGCCAGGGGGUUCAGGGCCCGCAGUGCGAGAAGCCCUUCUGCAGUUCGGGGGCCUUCUGGCUGCGCCGCCCUAGCGCCUGCUUUACACCAUUCACAUAUAGAGCACGAGGCUCUAAAAGCGUCGUCAGCCUGAAUAAUCGUUACUAGAUAUCAAAUAGAAUGGGUUCUGUCAACUCUUAGAGGUCGUAAGCACCAUGCGGGGAGGGGGGUCUUUGAUUUAUUUCGGGAAUACGUCAACAGUACGUUAUUUAAUUUUUAACACAUAUUACCCACACAUUGUCUAUGCUUGAAAACGGAAUGCAUUUUCGAAGAUUCCAACAAAAAAUUAUACGUUUAUGUAUUAUUAUUUUUGAGAGCUUUGCUUACUUUUGCUGAUAAGAGGAGGGGGGGGGGAUAAAUUGUAGUAAACUAAAGUAUUUGGACGGCCCCUUAUAGGCCGUGUUUACACGUCUUAUUACGAAGUUCCGAAUUACGUGUAAGUUUUCCGAAUAACAUUUCUCCGUCUGCAAAGGUGUAUUGCCUUUACAAACACUAUAUAGAAAGUAGAAUCACAAACAUAUUCCUUUUUUUUCAAGCCGAUAAUUUUUUUCGUCGUAAAUCGAAAAUUAUUAUGACUGGGGUUUAAAGUUAAUGAAUUUUUACGAAUCCACAAAUACCUGACACCGAGAUAUUGAUAUCUAUUUCCAAUACAAUGUUUUGUACAUAUGUGAAAAAACUAAAUAUUUAGAUAGAAAAGUUCGAACAGUUUUCAACUAGCGAAUUGCGAGAACAAUUCCUCAACCAUCCUUGACAGAAUCCAUUUGUGGGCUUACAAUUUCUGGGCGAUUUUAGGAUAGGAAACAAUGUUAAAAUUAGCUUAAGCCAAUAAAGAAUUUCGCCACUGAUAUUUUUGGCUGUGAAUUGGUGAUAUGGCUUAGAUUUUCAUUUAAUUCGGCUGACGACAUCAACCUGCUAUAGUGCAACGUGAAUAGACUAGUACGCGUAGUGCGAGAUUGUGUUGCAUAGUCAAUUCGAGUGAUCAUCGAAAUAGUGACGUUAGUGUAUAAAGCAUCUAAAGGCUUGUCGAAACAAUUGACGUUUUGUGUAUAUUUGAUUUGUAAAUUAAAUUUUUAUGCAUUAUACUAAUAUUUCUACUUCCAUGAGCUAGUAUUCAAAUAAAUUAAAUUUUUGGCAGUUAUGUUAUUGUAGGACAACUUGACGAUGUAUCCAACCGUCAAUGUUAACUUGUGCUGAACAGCGUAUAAACAAUUAAUAUUUUUACUAUAAACGCAAUGAAAUGCGAGCUUAUUUAAUCUAUAGACUAAAUUAGCUCGCAGCUAUCAAACAAAUUGUGUAACCAUAGAAAUAAAAUAUAAAACAAAUGCAAGCUUUUUACGUUAGCUACAAUUAAAUUUCGAGUUAGUAAAUAUUUGCAGCAAUUUCCAGACUAGUUUUAUGUGCACAUUUUUGUUUAUAUAAAAUCUAUAAAUUAAGCAUUACAUGUUGUAUAAGUGAAAACCUUAUAUAUUCAAUAGUAGCUACAUGUUUUAUUUACAUUCCUAUGUUCGUGAGUUAUUUAAAAUUUCCCAAAAAAUCUGAAAUAAGUAGUUCUAGGAAUACCUCAUAGAGGAUGCGUGUAUUAUUAUUUUUAUACGAUAGAAGCUAGCAACACCGUAGAUAUCAAUAGUUGUAUUUUAGUAUUAUUCAAUCUACAAUAUUUUCGGUACAAGUAAAUGACAGUCAAAUAUUGCUUAGACAGAAUUUAUUUAGAGUCAACAGGUAUAUGGAAUAGACUGGACAAUAAUUACACAGAUAUUCCACCAAUUAUGAUAAAAAAGUUAAUGUGGAAUUUUUAUUCGUACAACAAGCGAGACACCUCAAACUUCUCUACAAGAGUGUCUAUUUUCACUCAGUUUAUUCCAUGUUUCCUGUCUAUGGUAUUGAGUAGAUGACAUGGUAAUAAAUAGAUUAGUAGUUGGCCUAAAUAGGUUUUAUUUAUUGUGCCCUAUAAUUUGUAAUUUAUUUUCAUAUAAUUGUGUUGUAAACCGAGUUACCGAAGUUUAUGAAAUUGUAAUGCAAUAAUGAAUACUCUUAAGGAUUAACUGUUUAUGAUGUAAUUAUGAACGUUAUUUUUAAAUAUUCUAUUUAAGUUAUUCGUUUGUGACUGACAUUAAAGUAAUUUAAAUA